GCUGUUGUUACAACUGUCAUUCGCACCGUCUAGUGUUGUUGUUCAUUGUUUUCUUUGCAAUACAAAGAUAGAGUGUAAAAAUUACAAAGUUAAUUAGAAUCUUCAUCGAUUAUCUGCAAUGGCUGAGGAAUCAAUUACAAAUCGUACAUUAAAGUUUCUUCCACUGCAUUCCUUCAUUCAUAAUGAUUUUUGGCAUAAAUUUGCUGAAAUUAAAAUAGACAUUGAUCGAUUGGACGAUUCGGGGCGACCCAUUUACGGUACCAUAGCGUUAAACACUGGAAAAUCUACAAUGCUAGAGGUAGCCUGUAGUUCCUUCAAUACCACAUACCAUGACGACUCACGGCGAGGUUUUCGAUGCAAAGGCAUUCUCCUAAACCAUAAUACGUUAGGGUCCUUUAAAAAUUGUGAUAAGAAUUUGGUUCUUAGAAAUCAAGCAGUACAAUUUUAUCAUGAUUUAAUGAAAAAAGAAACCAUCGAGAGGAGCGCAGACUUGGUGUUUUUUUUAUUGCUUUCGUUUGCAGAUUUAAAAACAUAUAAGUUCUUCCAUUGGUUCGCAUUUCCUGUACCUACAGAGCUAACAUACAGAUAUGACGAGGAGCGACCUAUUACGUCAAAUUUGAAUGAAAACCUAAGGAAAAGCGUAGGCGAGUUUCUGUAUCAAAACCAAAUGCCAAAUGAGCCGUUUUUCAUUUAUCAUGCAACCGAAGGCAUAAAGCUGCUAGCCGAUUAUAUUCAACAUCGCCAUACCGAUAAAAAUUUCCGUGAGGAGAAUAUGGAAAUAAUUUAUUUCUGUUAUUACGAUCCAACUGGUGACAUGAAUUCAGUUCCUGUUGCAUGGCACCUAAGGCAGAUGCUUACGUAUCUUGUCCUAACAUGUCCUGUUCUUGCCGAACGAGAAAUACAGUGUAUUCGUGUGAAUGGUUCAACACUAGCUGAACUUCAAUUUUCUUUAAUGACAAUUCAUCUACCAAAACAACAAAAUGUAAACGAUCUUAAAGUUUGGGCAGGUUGGGAAUCUGAUGGAAAUGGUAAAUAUUUGCCACGAGUUACAUCUUUGAACGAAAGUAUGUCUCCUGGAAGCCUUGCCGUAAAUGCAAUUGACUUAAACUUGAAGCUUAUGAAAUGGCGUCUCAUCCCAACACUAAAUCUUGCCGCAAUUAAACAAACUAAAUGUCUCCUGUUAGGUGCCGGAACGCUGGGGUGUAAUGUUGCUAGGUCACUUAUGGCUUGGGGUGUCACUAACAUAACAAUAGUGGACUGCGGAAAAGUUUCCUUGUCAAACCCAAUUCGACAAACUUUGUAUCGUUUUGAGGAUGCUCUAAAUGGAGGAAAGCCUAAGGCUACAACAGCGUCAGAACGACUUCGUGAAAUCAACCCAGCUGCGAAAAUUGUUGGAGUGAAUCUAAAAAUUCCAAUGCCCGGACACCCAAUUGGCCAUGGUGAUGCAGUUGCAGAAACAAGAGAUAUAUUAAGCAAGCUUGUAAGUCUCAUUAAAGACCACGAUGUCAUUUAUUUACUGACGGACUCUCGCGAAAGUCGUUGGCUUCCUACUUUGCUCGGCGCCUUCUUUAAUAAGUACGUCAUAAAUGCGGCACUAGGAUUCGAUUCCUAUCUUGUCAUGCGCCAUGGAAAAACUGGGGACAAUAUAAAUACAGAAAACUAUGGUUCAUCAUGCCCGGUUGGAUUCCGUAAAAUCGAUAGCUGCGAUUUGGGAUGCUACUUUUGUAAUGACAUUGUAGCUCCUGGUAAUUCAAUGAAAGAUCGAACAUUAGAUCAACAGUGUACUGUGACAAGACCAGCUGUAUCUAAUAUGGCGUCAGCUUUAGCAGUAGAAUUGAUGGUUUCUCUUAUACAGCAUAGAAAUCCUCCUGCAUUUUAUCGUAUUCCGAAAUCGGAUCCUUUGUGUCGAGAACAAGAACCAGAUGGAUUACUUGGAAUUAUACCCCAUUCUAUACGUGGUAACAUCGCUACACUUCAAUCGAUGAUUACUGCCACAGAGCGAUACACGAACUGCGUGGCAUGUUCAGGUUCAGUUCUCGAACGCUAUGCUAGCAGCAAAGAUGAUUUCAUAAUCAAUGUAAUAAAUGGAACCGAAUCUCUCGAAACAGUGGCGGGUCUGAACAAAAUGAUGUCCAGCAUAAUUGACGGCUGCGAGGACAAGGAUACACUGGACUUCGAAAGUGACUUGUCAGAUGAUUCCUAAUCGGUUAUGCAGCAUUAAGUAAAACUAUUAUUCGUUUGGCGGUAAAGGAAACAGCAGCAUUGCAAUAGUUAAAAUUUUAUAUCCAACUAGCUUACCCCGCAAACCUAGCUUUGCUCUUAAACAUGGAUUUUGUAAUUAAAGUUUUCUAGUAAACAUUUUAAAUGUUCAA